AAAGUUGCGUAAUGCACCUUUGUGCUGUUGGUUGGUCCUGCUGUCAGUCAGAAAGGGGAGGACAGCUGCUGAAUACCUGAGAUACUUCUAAACAGGCUGAGGCAGAGAAGCUGAGCAAAGAGGACGUUUGUGAUGAUUCGGUGGAAACAGAAGAAAAGGAGAGAAGCGGUGCUGGAUAGUCCAAAGGCCUCGUUCACAGUGGCAGCCUUCAGCGUCCCUGACCGAAGGAUAAACAAGGCUGGGCUCUACGCUGUCAUCACUGGUUACUGGGUGGAGCACUGUUAUUACAUCUCUUAGAGACGAGCACAAAAAAAGAAAGUGUAAGAGUGAAGGCCUGGCUACAGAGAGGGAUAAAUAUAACGCACACUUCAGAGGGAGGGAGCGACAGAAAGGCUGGAAAGAGAUAUUUAAAGCACACAAAGAAGAAAGACACGGAGACAAAGAAACAGAAGAGAGACGAGAGCUCUGCUUUGCCAUGCGAGAGGAGCAGCUGACCAGAGAUGAAUGAAGCAGCUCUGCUCCCAGUGAUCCAGGCAGGAGACGGGAGGACGCUGUCCAGAGCAGAGUUCCUCUCACUGCUCAACACCUACAACUGCUUCUUGAAGGACCACACUCAGCUGCACCUGAGCUGCUCUCAGGGCGAAGAUGGAGAGGUGGUGGUGGAGGGCUUCCUGAAUAUCUCCUGGGGAGUGCGCAGGCCCAUCAGGCUGAAGAUACAGGACGACAAACAGAUGCUUCCCUUUGCUCCUCUCAUCUCCCCUGACCCCACCAGUCCAGUCAGCCCGCUGGGAAACAAGAGCCGGGGGAUGACCCGAUGGGGGGAGUACGUGGACCUUCACCAGAUAGAUGAGAUGGCGGAGACACCGCAGGACACAGCGGUCAGCAAACCUCCACCAGCUGUUUACGAGACCACCACCCUGCGUCCUGUGAGGCAGAAGAACCCGGAGAUGGAGGCCGAGUCCAACCUGUUCCGCUGUAUGAGCGACGCCUCGCUGGUUAAGAGGAGGAGAGGAAAAGGAAAGUCGGCAGCACAACGAGAGAAAGAAAGACAGCAUCGCUUUUCUAUCAACGGCCACUUCUACAACUAUAAAACCUCGAUUUUCACUCCAUCCCACGGUACUCCAACUAAAGUCCGAAUCUCCAGCAAGAUGACCACAAACCAAGUCAUUGCACAGCUCCUGAACAAGUUCAAGAUAGAGAACGAUCCCCAGGAGUUUGCUCUCUACUGCAUUCACCAGAGUGGAGAAAAGAGGAAGCUGAGCAACAAAGACCAGCCGCUAUGGGAGCGAAUCCUGCAGGGCCCGUCCGACGACAUCAUGAAGAUCUUCCUGAUGGACAUGGACGAAGAGGAAGUCAGCACCGAUGUGGCUCAGUAUCUGAACCUGGAGCUUCCCAUCCUGGAGCAGGUUCUACUGAAGCUCCGAGAGGAGGAGAACAGAGAGAUUCAGAGAGUCAUCAGCAAGUACCACCACCAACACAGGCUGCUGUCUCACAUGCUGAGCUGUAAGCUGACGCCUCACGUUGAGACCAGCGUCUGACGGCAGCUCCUCAGGACCUGAACGAUGACAGAGCGGCUCUGGAGAACUCUGGAGAACUCUGGAGAACUCUGGAGAACUCUGGAGAACUCUGGAGAACUCUGGAGAGCUCUGGAGGGCUCUGGAGAACUCUGGAGAACUCUGGAGAACUCUGGAGAACUCUGGAGAGUCGAACAUAAAACCAACACGUCGUCCAACAUCCAGACAUUUUCACCAAGAGAAAAAUAAAAGGUUGUGAAACACAGAAGUGAAGGAUUUGCAAAGCAGCACAUGACCACUGAUAGAGCUGCAGAUAAAUGACGUGUUGAGUGGAACAGAUGGAGUCACAGGUUUUAUCUACUAUGUAUAUGUUUGCUUUGGUUUUUGAAACUCUAGGACAGGUACAGGACAUGACUGCUGUCAGGCUUAGGUUAGGUUAGGGCUGCUGUCGAUAACUGUACGUCAGUGUGACCAUGAAUAAAUAUGGGACCAGCUUGA